AUGCCAUUAACCCAGUCAAAAAAAGAAUUAGCAAGAGAAACGAUUGAUAUUUUGUAUGAAAUUUCAGUUAUACUUAAUACAGGUUUAGAUAAAAAUUGUCUUUCUUUAUGCGUCAGUCUUUGUGAAAAUGGAGUUAAUCCGGAAGCAUUAGCUAAUGUUAUAAAAGAACUUAGAAAACAUAAACUCGAAUAAUAUUAAUGUAUAUAUCGGAAAUAAAUAUUAAAUGAUAAUGU